AUGGAGUGCCCUGCAAAUGAUGGUCCCGACACCGAUGAUUGUAGAGCCUUAAACCCCUCGCCUGAAAGCAGCACCUGGUCCGCCUGCUCCAACAACCGCCAUCAAUCGCCUCGCCGUCACCACUCUCGAUCUUCGUUCUAUAUCGCACUGCUUUUUAUCUGCGGUCUGGCCUAUUUUGUAGUCUCGUGCACUCUCUCCGUUCAGGCUUACGUCCUUCCUCCUUCUGUCAAACCACAAGACAGUGUUGACACUCUCAAUUCGGACCUCGCCUUCUCUGACAUAGCCCGCGAUGAUCGAUUCAUAGCACCCACUACCCAGAGUCGUGCCCCUGACGCACGAUCCUUCGAUUCUGACGUCAACUCUAUCCAUGUCGCAUCGAGCCAAUCCAUCCUUCGCUGGAUUCAGGACAAGACUCGUGAUGCGCAGACUGGAGACACGCUCGAGUCUCAGGCAUUGCUCGACGAUCUCUACGACCGCCUUUCAAUUCGGCGACGCACCAGCGAUGCUUCCUUUCAAUUGGAAAGUCGGGAUAGCGCUACCGUAGCAGUGGCCAAGUCUGUUCGCCGCCGCCUUUUCAAGCGUGCCACAUCCAGUGGCAGCGAGUCAUCGUGCCACGACACGGAGCUUUCCGAGACUCAAAAGGUCGUCUACGGUAUCCUCAUCCCUAUUCUCGUCGUGCUUUCGGGUCUUUUUGCUGGUCUUACUCUUGGCUAUAUGUCACUUGACGAGACCCAGCUGCAGGUGCUCUCCUUGCAGGGAACGCCCAAGCAGAAGCGGUAUGCAGAAAAGAUCAUGCCAAUCCGCAAAGAUGGCCAUCUUCUGCUCACGACACUUCUGAUUGCCAACAUGAUUACCAAUGAGACGCUGCCCAUCAUUGCCGACCCUUUGCUUGGCGGUGGUGUCCAGGCUGUCAUUGUUAGUAUCGUCCUGGUCGUUAUCUUUGCCGAGUUGAUCCCACAGUCGGUCUGCUCGCGAUACGGUCUCGCUAUUGGCGCAAAGCUUGCUCCGCUCACGCGCGGAGUCAUGCUCUUGCUCUGGCCCAUUGCUUUCCCUGUGUCUCGAGUGCUUCACUGGACCCUCGGACCUCAUCAUGGUAUUGUCUACCGACGAUCCGAGCUCAAAGAGUUGGUCAACAUGCAUGCUGCCACCGCCGGUCGUGGUGAUCUCAACAACGACACUGUCACCAUUGUCGGUGGUGCUCUCGAUCUCCAAGAGAAAGUGGUCAAGCAGGCCAUGACAGCCAUCGAUCGCGUUUUCAUGAUCUCGAUCGACUCCAAGCUUGGCUACGAAACGCUUCAGCAGAUUGUCAGCUCUGGUCACUCUCGUAUCCCUGUCUACCAGGAGAUCGAGAUUGCUGUCAACAAAGCACGCAGUGGAAGCGGUGCUCUGACGCCCAUCCGGGGCGGCUUCUUGAGUGCUUUGAGCAGGAAGGUCAGCAACUCACAGUCUAGACAAUCUGUUGAUGAUCAGGGCACCCUCGAAGGCAGUGUCAUCUGCGAGAAGGAGCCUGCAUCGGCCAACGCUGACACCCACCAUUCAACUGUCACCGCCGCCUCUGGUGACAAGGCGAAUACAACGACCUCGAUCACGACCAUCAAGCGUAAGAAGAUCAUCGGCGCCCUGCUCGUUAAGCAGUGUGUUCUGCUUGACCCCGAGGACGAGACACCUGUCCGUGACAUGGUCAUCAACGCACUUCCGACCGUCCCCGCCGACGAGCCACUGCUCAAUCUGCUCAACGUCUUCCAGGAGGGUCGCUCGCAUCUCGCCAUUGUCUCUUGGCGCACUCGACGCUCCUCGCCCGGCUCUUUUGUGGAUCUCGGCAACGACAACGAUGCGCGCAAGACCCAAAACGUUGCUCGAUCUGGCACCGUCGCUCGCAUCGAGACACUCGUCAACAUUGACGAGGAAAAGCAGCUGGAUGAUUCGGCCAUCAAGAAGUCAAGUUUCUGGUCUCGCCAUCUCCGCAGACAUCACCGUGGCCACGCCAAGUCCAACUCGCUCGACUUGCCUCCUGAGGCCCUCGAGAACGACAUCGAUGUGGACGCUGUUGCCACCGAGAUGGCCCAGCGUGAUGUGCCCAUCGGAAUCAUCACUCUUGAGGACGUGCUCGAAGAGUUGAUCGGCGAAGAGAUUCUUGACGAAUACGACUCCGAGGUCGAACAGAACUUCGCUCAGAUCAGCCCUCCCCCCAGCCCUGGUCACAAGGAGAUGGUCGACAAGAAGGUGGAGACGCCUAAUGACGCUGACGAAGUACAGCUGCCUGCUUUUAUCCUGAAGCUGCCCACCAGCCCGAAGAUUGCUCUACCUCGCUUCAAGCUUGGACGCAGCGCUAGUCAGAAGGAGACCGAUAUCAGCGGCUCGGACGCUUCUGUUAGAACCUCUACUGCUCCUACUCCUGUCGUUGAAAGCACUGCCCAGAUGCCGUCGAACAAGGAUGAGGUAACCAAGAGCGAAGGCGUGCACUUCCCCUUCGACAGAGAGGGCGGCGUCAGCUCGAGGCCUUCAUCGCGUCCUGGCUCACGUUCUGUCUCUCCUGGACCAGCCGCCGUUCUCAACAGCACUGAAGACACAACGCUCGCUGCUCCACGCGCCAACAAGCCUGUCGUGAUCCGUCACCAGGCACCUGACGGCACCAUCGCCACAGCUAUCGUCGGAGAGGGUCUCUUGCGCGGACGAACCAACACGCUCGCUUCGGAGCGCAUCGCCAGCGGAGAAGCCAGUCGAAGUAACACCCCUUCAGGAACACGCGUCAGCAGAUUCAAGAGCACGCCUCUGCUUGGCAGUGUUCCCAGCACACCUGUAACAGGCGUCGCUCCCAAAAGCAGAGCAACCUUCGGCAAGCCUGAGGUGGGAUCCGCCCUUGUGGAAGAGGAGUGUGCUUCGAACGAUGUCGCCGUUGCUAGUCCUGAGGAGCUUGAAUCUCAUGACAAGAACAAGCAGCUCGGUGGUGACAGCGAUGACACUGAUACGCUCUGA